AGUAUUUUAGAGCAAGGGUUUGGGUUUAUACUCUUCCAGAAAACAAAUCGAUGCCAUAUUCUCUGUGCAAUUCCUAAAAACCUUUCCAAAAUAGCAAUUAUUUUGAUUUUUUUGCCAUGGGUGUUGAAUUAAUUUUGUUUAACCGAUGAGUUAAUAACCUCGAUUAGGCGGUGAUCACGAUGGCACAACCGUCUGUAAUACUUGCAACAGCUAGUUAUGAUCACACAAUUAAAUUUUGGGAGGCAAAAAGCGGGCGGUGCUACAGAACUAUUCAGUACCCUGAUUCACAAGUUAAUCGGCUAGAGAUAACUCCAAAUAAACAAUACUUGGCUGCAGCGGGCAAUCCACAUAUUCGAUUGUUUGAUGUUAACUCAAGCACUCCUCAACCUGUGCUGAGCUAUGAUCAGCACACAAAUAAUGUUAUGGCAGUGGGGUUUCAAUGUGAUGGAAACUGGAUGUAUUCUGGUUCUGAGGAUGGGACAGUAAAGAUCUGGGAUUUAAGGGCUGCAGGUUGUCAAAUGGAAUAUGAAAGUCGCGCUGCUGUUAAUACUGUUGUCUUACACCCAAAUCAGACAGAACUAAUAUCAGGAGACCAAAAUGGAAAUAUUCGUGUGUGGGAUUUGACAGCAAACUCAUGUAGUUUCGAAUUGGUGCCAGAGGUGGAUACAGCUGUAAGGUCUUUAACAGUUAUGUGGGACGGGAGCAUGGUGGUUGCUGCUAAUAAUCAUGGAACAUGUUAUGUUUGGCGCUCGAUGCGAGGGACCCAGACUAUGACCAACUUCGAGCCACUUCAUAAGCUGCAAGCACAUAGUGGAUACAUUCUCAAAUGUCUCCUUUCUCCUGAGUUUUGCGAGCCCCACCGAUAUCUGGCCACUGCAUCCUCCGAUCGCACUGUCAAGAUUUGGAAUGUUGAUGGUUUCACAUUAGAGAAAACUUUGAUAGGACAUCAACGAUGGGUAUGGGACUGUGUUUUCUCAGUAGAUGGUGCCUAUCUCAUUACAGCCUCUUCUGAUACAACUGCAAGACUUUGGUCCAUGACAUCUGGUGAAGACAUAAGGGUGUAUCAAGGGCACCACAAAGCAACCGUAUGUUGUGCACUCCAUGAUGGAGCUGAACCCUCUGCAUGUUGAACAUCAUAUCAUGUUUAGGUUUUUGGGUGGGUCCACAUUGGUGAUAACAAACUGCACAGAUUGUCUGUAACUUGUAUUAAAAUAUCUUUGCUGCAACUGAUUUUUUAGUGUUGUUCUGUUCCCUUGUCCGUUCCACCUUCAAGAACUGCACUUUGAAGUUCAAUUCCUCCAGUGUACAUCAUUUGUGAUUACAGAUUUUACUAGAUAUGCAUAUGUGCUGUUCUUGUUUUUGUUA